AUGUCGCUGGAAAAUGACAACCGGCCGCGGGUCGACGGCUAUGUCCAACCUCAAAUGACCAAGAAGCCCCCUUUUUCCGUGGAAGCCUCUGGUUACGAGAAGAAAGAAGGCGAAACCAUCCCCCGGCGCCAUCCUCUGGCCAAAGAUCAACUCAUUGUUCAGCCUUCAGACGACGUCAAAACCGUAUUUGACAAUCUCAGACGGGCUGCUUCUAAGUUCGGAAAUGCCAAAGCCAUUGGAUCGAGAAGGAUCAUCAAGACCCACGUCGAGAACAAGAAGGUCAAAAAGAUCGUCGAUGGUCGGGAGCAAGAGGUGGACAAGAAAUGGACCUACUUCGAGCUCAGCGGUUACGAGUAUAUGACUUUCAUCGAGUACGAGAAGCUCGCCCUCGACUGCGGCUCGGGUUUGGCGCAUCUCGGAAUUUCCAAAGAGAACAAGAUGCACCUGUACGGUGCCACCAGUGCCCAUUGGCUUGCAAUGUCGCACGCUGCAGCUUCUCAGUCGAUCCCCAUAGUCACUGCGUACGACUCACUAGGCGAGGAGGGACUGAAGCAUUCUCUGAUCCAGACCGGAUCUGUUGCCAUUUUCCUGGAUCCCAACCUCAUUCCCACUUUACUCAGUGUCCUCGACGACGUGAAGAACCUCAAGUUUGUCAUCUACAACACGGAACCUGAGGUCAAGCAAGCGGAUCUCGACAAGUUGAAAUCCAAACACCCCGAGCUGAAAGUUCUCAGCUUUGAAGAACUUCGAAAGCUUGGUGUUGAAAAUCCCGUGGAUCCCGUGCCUCCCUCACCAGAAGAUCUAGCCUGUAUCAUGUAUACCUCCGGUUCCACUGGGCCGCCAAAGGGUGUUACCAUUAAGCACAAGGCCGUGGUUGCGGCAAUGGCCGGUGUGCAGACGGUUGUGGCCCCGUAUAUCGGACCGGCAGAUGCGUUGCUCACCUAUCUGCCUCAAUCGCACAUUUUCGAAUACAUGUUUGAAAACAUCUGCUUGUUCUGGGGUGGAACCAUGGGCUACGGCAACCCCAAGACUUUGUCUGACGCUUCAGUUCGGAACUGCAAAGGAGAUAUUCGUGAAUUCCGACCCACCAUUUUGAUAGGCGUCCCAGCCGUGUGGGAGAGCGUCAAAAAGGGCAUUCUUUCGAGGGUGAAUAGCGGCUCCUUCAUCGUCAGAAACAUGUUCUGGGGCGCCUUGUCUCUGAAACAGACUCUCCUGUCCAUGGGCCUGCCCGGUGCGGGUCUUUUGGAUGCCGUGGUGUUCAAGAAAUUGAAGGAUGCUACGGGUGGCCGUCUCCGCAUUGCCUUCAACGGAGGCGGUCCCAUCUCGGAAGAGACCGUCAAAUUCAUCAGCUACGCCGUCACCCCGAUGAUUUCUGGUUAUGGCCUCACUGAGACUUCUGCGAUGGGCUGCAUUCAAGAUCCUCUGGCCUGGGAUCCCUAUGCGUUGGGGGAUAUUACCGGAUGUAUUGAGAUCAAGCUGGUUGACUUUCCUGAUGCUGGCUACUUCUCGACAAACAAACCUCCUCAAGGGGAAAUCUGGAUCCGAGGUCCGUCGGUCACCGAAGGUUAUUGGGACAAUGAUAAAGAGACCCAAGAGGCAAUUACCGAGGACGGAUGGUUCAAGACCGGUGAUAUUGGGGAAUUCAACAUAAAUGGCCAUCUACGCAUCAUUGACCGAAAGAAAAACUUGGUCAAGACACUCAAUGGCGAAUACAUUGCCCUCGAGAAAUUGGAAUCGGCCUACCGUACGGCCCCCGUCGUCGGAAACAUUUGCGUUUUCGCUGCUGGAAACAAGGCCAAGCCGAUCGCGAUCAUCGUGCCGGUCGAAGCUACCCUCCAGAAGAUCGCAGCUGCCAAUGGCAUCCAUGGAGAAAAUCUAGAGGAGAUGGUUCACGAUGAAAAACUCAACGCAAUCGUGCUAAAAGAAGUGCAAAAGGCGGGCCGAGAGGCUGGCCUCUCUGGCAUUGAGAUCAUUGACGGCGUGGUUCUGGCUGACGAGGAAUGGACUCCGCAAAACGGUCUGAUUUCCCCAGCCCAGAAAGUUCAAAGGAAGAUGAUCCAGCAACGGUUCGAAAAGGAGAUUAAGCAUGCCUACGGAGACUGA